CAAAGGGGCGAUCUCUGCGAAACGACCGACCUUCCUGCAAUCGGCAAUACUCUCAGACAGCAAGCAAGCUGCCCUUGGCUAGCACAGAGGGAGCUGCUCAGUUUUCUUUUUCAAUCUGGCCUCGAGCAAAAGAUCUGCCAAGUGCCGCAGCGCUCCCGCUCUGCGAUCUUAACGAGCCGUUACCAUGCACCGCUUCGAGGAGAUCAAGUGCAUCGGUCGCGGCAGCUACGGCUCGGCGCACUUGGUGCGAUCUCGACAACCCGACUGUCUACACGAACGCUUCGUGGUCAAAAAGAUCCCCAUGGAGCUGCUCUCGGCCAAGGAAAAAGACCAGUCUUUCCGUGAGGUGGAGCUGCUGGCCAAACUCAAACACCCGAACGUGGUCGAGUACAUGGAGAACUUCGUGGUGGACAACGUGCUGCAUAUUGUAAUGGCCUAUUGUGACGGUGGAGAUCUGGCUGGCAAGGUGAAGCACCAGCAAAAGAUCCGAGAACAAAUUUAUGCCGGACCAGACGACGACAUCUCCGACCCGAGCGGCCAUUUCCCUAUCAGCCAAGUGCUGGACUGGUUCGUGCAGAUGGCGAUGGCCAUCAAAUAUCUGCACGGCCAACGUGUGUUGCAUCGAGACUUAAAGACUAGCAACGUGUUCCUCACGACAGAAAAUGUGGUCAAACUCGGAGAUUUCGGCAUUGCCAAGACGCUCGACUCCACUCUAGAUCAAGCCAAAACUGUCGUUGGAACACCAUAUUAUAUGAGUCCCGAGGUCUGCGAGAGCAAGCCGUACUCGUACGCGAGCGACGUGUGGUCACUAGGCUGUGUUCUGUACGAGAUGCUGGCACUACGCCACGCCUUCGACGCCCCUAACAUACUGACGCUCAUUCUCAAGAUCGUACAGCAAGACUUCGCUCCUGUACCUCCACAUUACGACGCGGAAGUAUCCGAUUUGUUGCGUAAGUUGCUGGACAAAGAUCCAGAACGGAGGCCCAGUAUGGAAGAGAUCUUUGCUAUGCCAUACAUCCGUCGUCACAUGCAGGGUCUCGUCGCUUCCGGUGGCUCCUUAAAAGUUAAAGUGAUAAACCCCGUGGCUCGAAGGCCGCAACACGGUUCGGCUUCAGGGGUGGGUAGACGUCGGUUACACCCAAAGAAUCUCUCUGCACGUCGCUCCUCAGGGGAGAAAAGGAGAUUGCGUCUGGCAACUCAAGCAGCUGUAGCUCCGAUGCAGUGGAUGCCGAUUAAAUAUUUUGGGGACGAAGCUGACGAUUCAGACGCCCGCAACGAGCUGGAGCUACUGGAUUCAAGUAUUGUAGAGGAACCGCAGUUAAGUUUCCGUCGACCGGAACGAAGCACUACACCUGAACCACUGGUGUUUGCGACAGAAGGAAAACCUCAUCUGAACACUUUGGGAAAUGAUGAGGAAGAUGAGGUAGACGAGCAGCUUUCUGGCUCCGUGCCGUCACCGAUACGUCCGCAUCCUCGACGAGCAAGAGAUGGACAAUCGGUCGCUUGGGGGCUGGAGGUAUCUGCUGGUAGAGCUCAGGUGAAUGGAACCUGCUCCGCUAUAAAUGAAGACGAUGACGAUGACGAUUCGCGCUUUCAUGCGGAAGCGGAGGAGCUGAUGAAUCCAAACUUUCAGAAAGACCAUUGGUCGAAUUCGACGCCACGAGUACAAGACGUGCAAGAUAACGGAGACGUUUUGGAACUAUCGACUUUGUCACUAGAUGACGAUGGUUCGGAAGGCACACGAGCACCGUCACUCAGUGAAAGCUCCAUGCUGCGUGAACUGGAGCUAGAUGCAGAUAGCGAUGGCGGUGGUGCCUCUGCUGAUACCUCAUCGAGUGAAUACGAAGCCGAAGAGAAUUUUUACAGUGACGACUCAUCGGACUUCUUUGAUCAGAGCGGAACGCAGUACAGUGACGACUUCGAAGACCCCGACGCUGAAGUUAUUGAGUAUGCAGACGAAGAGUUCGAAUCCACUAACGACUCGCAGACAUUCACUCCGUACAGACCGGCAGGAGACGGCGGCAGUCCCUUUGCUCGAGUACCGAAGCUUGAAGGUCCAACCGAGGUAAAAUGGGUCAUGAGGAAUUUAGCACAGAGUCUCAUGCUGACUCGAGACGAUCUACACCCGUAA